AUGGCGUCUGAAGGCGUGCCACCGGAUGUGUCCAGCAACGGCAAGACCACCAAUAAUGGGUCUGGCGUCGGGACUAAAGACUACCUUCCCAUCCCUGAGGCCGAUCCCACCGAGGCUAGCGGCAGGGAGACCCUGAGGGCCUCAGAUCGGCUCGAAGGAGGACAGACACGCUCGCACGCCCUGGCCACCGACAGCCAGGAUGAGGACGGGAUGGCCCAGCAGGACCAUGACCACCAGGUACUGGACCUGGGGUGGAAUGCAGAGAAAAAGCAGGACGUCGCUGCGCCGCUGAUUGGCGGCAUGGAUAACGAAGAGCUCUGGAUGCUUAUCCGGCGGUUCAACAAGCAAAUCUACCAUGUCAAGUACAUCCCUCAUCCAGCGCCAGGCGGUCUCGACCUCAACAUUGCCGACGAUGAGGAAUUCUCUCCUGAUAAGAUGCGAGCCAAUGUUGAGCGCCUCUACAUGACGGUCGGCAUCGGAGUACUGGCGGCGGUCAAGCACAUUGCGCGCCUUCGGUCUUGGCGCGAGACUCGACGCACGGCAUGCUUCGCAGCGGCCUACUUCGUGGCCUGGCUGUUCGAUCUCCUCGCUCCUAUGCUAUCAGCUGUACUUUUAGCUCUCAUUGCCGUGCCCAAAUCGCGGGAGAUCCUGUUCCCCCCGGCCCCGGUCUCUCUCGUCGACAGCAAGACCGGUGGCGUGCAGAAGCCAAAGUCGGGCGUCCUAGGCAGUCAUGACAGCGCAACAGGGGCGCCAGAACACCACAAGGGCGAAGCCGUCGAGCAGGAAGCAAGCAACUUUGUCGGUGGUAUCGCCUCGGUCGCAUUGAGCAGCGCGGCUGGAAAGCACCCGCAAGGGGGACAGGAGUCGGACGAGAGUGCGGCAGCCAACGUAGCCCCUGACCCAACCGCUCUGGCUACCAAGGUUUCCGCCGCCAAGGACAACGCUGCAGGGUCGAAACCGAGCGAGAAGCAUGACAAGACCAAGGUCCCCAUGGAGACGGCCAUGUGGAACAAGAUGCGCCCCGUGAUGCACACAAUUGGGGCCGUCGCAGAUACCUGGGAACGUCUGGCAAACGCCCUCUCGCCAAUCCCCCUCUUCCCCUCCGAAGUGUUCCGCCUCAGGCUCGUCACCCUACUACUUCCCCUCCUCUUCGGCCCCUCCCUCUUCGUAACGCCGUACAUGUUCCUGAAAACCCUCUCCUUCCUCAUCGGCUUCGUUUUCUUCGGUGACCCCGUCAUCUCUCGCGGUCUGGCUUGGCUUAACCGAACAAUUCCUAACUGGCAGAAGCUCCUCGAACUGCGCAACACGAUCCUCAAGGGCGUGCCGACCAACGCCCAAAUAACACUAACACUCCUCCGGCAAGGGGAAGCCAACCGCGCACCGCUGCCACCGCCACCGGGGAGUAUCACCGCGCCGCCGCCGCCCCCGGACCGGCCCGCGGCGCUCACAGAAGCCGACCUGCGCUCUGCGGGCGCCGAGCCGCCGCUGAACGCGUCCGAGUCGGAGCUGCGCGCCGCCAUCAAGCCCGAGACACCGCCGGAACCGGCCGCCACCGGCGGAGAUGUUGCUGCCGCUAAGGAAGCCAAGCACGGUAAGAAGGGCGGGCGGAUCCUCGGCCUGCUCAAGGGCGCCACGCGCGCCGUCGUCAAGACGGCCGUCGGCACCGACUCGGUCCGCGCCAAGGCCGGCGACCUGCCCGCCAAAGAGCGCCUGGGCGUCCUACCGAAUGCGCAUGACAACACCAGCGUCGGCGGGCCGGUGGAGUUUGAGGGCCGGUUUGAGGGAGACAAGGGGCGUGUGUAUAUCAGCGAGGCUGGGACAGUGCCAGUGCUGGCAUUUGGCAGGGGACGAGGGGGCACAACGGCGAGAAUUGCGGGUGUUGAUAGGGACGAUGUGCACCCGGUUUGGAGCGUCCCUGUCGGGGAUAUCGUAGAGAUCAAGAAGGUUGGCGGAUAUGGAUGGAAGACCAAGUUGGUGGUCGGUUGGUCGAUGGACAGGGAGGUCAAAGAUGGGUUGGAGAUUCGGACAGUCGAUGGGAGGGAGUAUAAGAUUAUGGCGCUACAGCUGAGGGACGAGCUGUUUAAUCGGCUGGUGGCACUGGGAGGCCAGAAGUGGGAGGCAUGGUGA